AUGACGAUGGCUACCAUGGGCCUGAGCCACCGAGACACAGCAGCCCCUGAACAGACAGCUGGUGAUGUUUUCAAACUCUACCACUACGACCCCACCAUCGCCGGCGCCGUAAUCUUUGUCUUCCUCUUUCUGGGCACCACUCUUCUUCACUUCUGGCAAUUAUUUCGAUCUCGAUGUUGGUUUCUUCUACCUCUUGCAAUCGGAGGUAUCCUCCAAGUCAUCGGGUACGCGGCCCGAGCCAAGUCCGGCUCAGAAAGUCCCAAUUGGAGUCUGGGCCCCUACAUCAUUCAGUCCAUUCUGCUUCUGGUCGCACCAGCCCUCUAUGCUGCUACCGUAUACAUGGAGUUGGGAAGAAUCAUCACCAUUGUAGACGGAGAGGGCCAUGUCCUGAUCAGCAAGAAGUGGCUAACCAAGCUCUUCGUGGCGGGAGAUGUUCUAUCCUUCUUGCUCCAGGGUGGAGGCGGCGGCUACCAAGCAUCAGGCACUCUCGCUGCUCUUAAAACUGGCGCCAACAUCAUCAUUGUUGGAUUGUUUGUACAGCUUAUCUGCUUCGGUCUCUUCAUAGUCGUUGCUGUGUGCUUUCAUCGAUCCAUCAACAAGACCCCCACAGGCCGUUCAAGCGGCAGCAUCCCCUGGCAGAAGCACAUGAACGUCUUGUAUCUUGGAAGUAUGUUGAUCAUGGUUCGGUCCGUGUUCCGCGCUGUCGAGUACAUCCAAGGCUUCAACGGCUAUCUCUUGAGCCAUGAAGCGUAUCUGUACGUUUUCGACGCUGUUCUGAUGUUUCUCGUCAUGGUUCUUUUCAAUUGGAUUCAUCCAGCUGAGAUUGCCGCUUUUCUUGCUGCCGGGGGCGGUGGUCAGGAUUGGAAAAUGGACUCGCUGCCCCAGCACCGUCAUCAAAGACUAUGA